CCCUGACCACAGAGGCUUGAGCACGCAGCAGAGCAGAAGCCAGAGCCUGUUGUGCCUUCCGAAGGUCAGAGCUACAACUCCUCCUGUGCAAGGAGCAGGGCCCCUGCAUUAUCUGACAGCGGAAGGAAGAAUAUCUCGAGAUGGCCUCCAAUAACGACCCCACUGUAAUCCCAAUGAUAGACAGACAUCAUUGUGACCUUGCUGAAACAAACACCAGUGACCUGAAAACACUGACUGGAGAGGCUGUGUUAAGUUUUCACAACAUCAGCUACCGAGAAACAGUGCAGCAUGGCUUUCUACGUUGGAAAAAGACUUUGAUAGAAAUGCUAUCGAACAUCAAUGGGAUCAUGAAACCUGGCCUCAAUGCCAUUAUGGGACCUCAAGAUGGGAGCAGAUCUUUGUUCUUAGAUGUCUUAGCUGCAAGGAGAGAUCCAUGUGGAUUAUCAGGAGAUAUUCUGAUAAAUGGUAAACCUCGACCUGCUAAUUUCAAAUGUACAUCUGGUUAUGUACCACAAAAUGAUGUGGUGUUGGGCACAGUGACUGUGAGAGAGAAUCUAGAGUUCUCAGCCGCUCUUCGUCUUCCAAUGACCAUAACAAGAGAUGAAAAAAGAAGACGGAUUGAUGAGGUGCUGGAGCUUCUGCAUCUGGAUAAAGAAGAACAAAAGAGCAAGCCUAGAUCCAAAGAACUCAAGAAAAAGACCAGGAUAGCAAUGGAGCUGGUCACUGAGCAUCCCAUUUUGUUCUUGGAUGAUCCCACCACUGGCUUAGACUUGAAAACUACAACUGAUAUCAUCUCAGUCCUGAGAAGGGUAUCCAAGAAGGGUCGGACAAUCAUCUUCUCCAUUGAUCAGCCUCAGUACUCCAUCUUCAGUGUUUUUGAUAGCCUCACCUUAGUGGCUUCAGGAAAACUCAUGUUUCAUGGACCUGCACAGGAUGCUUUGGGGUACUUCCAAUCUGCAGGUUACAAGUAUGAGAACCACGACAACCCUGCAGACUUCUUCCUGGACAUCAUUAAUGGAGGUUUCUCUAAUAUAUUAGGCACAAAGGAAGACGGCCAUGAUGUUGACAAAUAUGAAGAGCUUUGUAAGAGACAACAUCAAGUCACAGGUGAAUUGGCCAAGAUGUAUACCCAGUCCACAUUAUACAGGGAAACAAGAACCAAACUGGAUCAACUCUUGAGGGAACAGAAGCUGGAGAGGGUCUCAGCUGUGGAGACCACAUGUAUCACCCCUUUGUGGCAUCAGCUUUGGUGGAUUACACGUCGAUCAUUCAAAAAUUUCAAGGGUUUUCCAUGGGUCACUGUGAUUCAGGCUGUUAUCACAGUCAUACUGGCAACAGCUGUAGGCAUCACUUUCCGUGUCUUAAAAAAUGAUUGUAUUGAAGUCCAGAUGAGAGCCGGCCUUCUUUACCUGCUCACGGUCUUCCAGUGUAUCACAAGUGUAUCUGCAGGGGAGCUCUUUGUGAUUGACAGGGUUCUCUUUCUACAUGAGCACACCAGUGGAUACUACAGCGUGUCAUCUUAUUUCUUUGGGAAAUUGCUGGCUGAGCUAAUACCCAGGAGGCUAUUGCCAAGUACUAUAUUUACUCUGAUAACAUACUUCUUCACAGGAAUAAAAACUAGUCUGAAAUGUGUCUUCGCUAUGAUAUGUACUGUCAUGAUGCUGGCUUAUUCUGCCAGCUCUCUGCCACUGUCUAUAGGAGCUGGGGAGAAUGCAGUGGCAGUGCCAACACUGCUUGUCACCAUCUACUUUGUGUUCAUGCUGUUUUUUUCAGGUCUGUCACUAUAUUCUGGAAGCUUCCUGCCUAAGCUCUCAUGGAUUCAGUACUUUAACAUUCCUCAUUAUGGAUUUAAGGCUUUGCUGCACAAUGAAUUCCUGGGACAAAACUUCUGUCCAGAACACAACACAGAAGUCAGUAGAUGCCCUAAUUAUGUAAUAUGUACUGGUGAAGAAUUCUUGAUGAUCCAGGGCAUUGAUCUCUCAUCAUGGGGCUUCUGGGAGAAUCACCUGGCUUUAGUUUGUAUAAUGAUUAUACUCUUAACAAUUACCUAUGUGCAGCUAUUACAGGUUAAGAUAUUAGAAGUUCUUAGAUCCUGGGGAAGAAAUUUUCUGCAGUUGUUUAAAUAGAUGUGAUUCCAAACUAUCUUCUGAAUGUUUAUAAUUAUACUCAUGGACAAAUGCUACAGCCAGAAUGACGCAGAAAGGAUCCUACUGUAAACUGUGGUGAAUGCAGAAACUCAUGGAUGCUCACAGAAUAAGGAUAAGGGACACUCAAGUACUUAACCACAAACAGGACACCUAUAGCAUCCCCUCUAUAGCUUAGGCCAUUGUGAACUAUGAGUAGAAGAGUGCAGGAGCCAGAAGAUGAGAAGAAGGAAUGGAAAUGCAAUAUUGUGGUCAUGUACAGCCAAGGAAACCAUGGUCUAUAUCCUGACUCUACAGCUACCAGCACAAGUCUGAAUCCCUCAUCAGCAAAGCAAGGAACAGAGGGAAACUGAAUGGGCCAGUCCGCCAUUCUGCUGAACAUUUGGCUACUGGCAGAUCAUGGGAGAAAAGCAGUCAUGAUUUCACAUGUAUACUCACAUUGAGCUGACAGGACUCAAGUGGAAAGUCUGAAACCCAAGAUCACACAGACAGCCAUGUUUAAACUCUUUGGGUCACAAGACAAACCCAAAGUUGUGAAUGUGAGAAAGAGAACUGUAAAGAGGAGUAUUUGAAGGGAGUGUAAGGGAGAUGAGAGAGGUGGGACAGAGGGGAGUGGCUGAAAUGCAUUAUAUAGAGAAUUGUAUAUUUUUUAAAAUAAAAAUUAUAAAUAUGAAACAAAAACUUUAUGUAAAGUAUCUAAUGAAGAUU